GGGUCACUGCAGCCAGUAAGUCCCCAGUCGUGAUCCAGACAGACGGUGCGGUGGAGAUGCAGCUCCUGCUUCUGACCGUGGGCCUGGCUCUGGUCUGUGGCCUCCAGGCUCAGGGGGAGGACCAUGAGCAGAAAGAGCUGGACCCCCAGGGCGACCUGGUGGAGCUCUCCGGGAGGUGGCACACUGUCGCCCUGGCCUCCAACGACUCGGCUCUGAUCAGGCCCAGUGGGCGCUUUCGGGUUUUCAUCAGCAGACUGGACGUGGAGGAUGGCAACCUGCACGGACAGAUCCUCGUACCGCAGGACGACCAGUGCAGUGAGCUGUCUGUCACCGCAUUCAAGACCGAGACCGCAGGAGAGUUCACGGCGGAAUAUUCGGGCCAGAACCACCUCUACUUGGCAGAAAUGAAGCCCACAGAAUUCAUGAUUCUCUACGUGAUCAACCAGUAUGAGGGCACAACCAGCCUGGUGGCCGGCCUGCUGGUCCGGAACCCCGCCAUGCGUCAAAGGCUCCUGCCCGUGUUUGAGAGCGUCUGUGACGGCCUUGGCCUCCACAAGGACCAGGUCAUGGUUGUGGAAGCCACCAGUGAUUGCCGCAGGCUCGAGGACUAGGCCGCUGCCCAGCCUUAGGGACAGUGAGCCGAGACGUGGGGCCUCAGCAGCUUGGGGGUCCAGAACUGGAGGUUUGGGGACACAGGGAAGCCCUUUCCUCAGCCCUCCCUUCCCCUCCAAACUGCAGGAACCCGAUCACCACCACCCAUGCUUCUACUGUGCGCCCUCCCUGCCCCCGGCCAUUGCUGCCUGGAUGGGCUCUGCCACCACACCCAGGAAGGGCCCAGGACCCCCCACCCCGGGUAGGGACCCCUCUGCCCACACCCCUGCCGUGGUCCUUUCUUGCUCAAUAAAAGGUGUUCCCUUCAAAA